AUGGCUAGCUAUCAGUACCUCAGCUAUGUAGAUCUCUACAAAAUCAACAACGUUAAUCUGGACCCCUUCACGGAGGUUUUCAACGAUAGAUUCUAUCUUCGGUAUAUUUAUAAGUGGCCCCACAUGAACAUCGUGACGAAGGAGAUGGACGAUCAUAUCAGUGGAUACAUCAUAGGCAAAGAAGAAGGACUGGGAGCCGAAUACCACGGACACGUGACGGCCUUAUCCAUCGAGGAGGACAGUCGUAGAACAGGAAAGGGUGUAGACCUCAUGAAUCAAUUUGAAAAAAUAUCCAAAGUCAUCCACAGGGCCAACUUUGUCGACCUAUUUGUCCGCAUCACAAACGAGCCAGCUAUCAACAUGUAUCGGAAGCUCGGUUACAUCGUCAAUGAAGAGAUCUUGAAUUACUAUUGUGGGAAUGAGAGUGCCCUGGACAUGCGCAAGUACCUGCACGUGCGAGUGGCCGCCUGCGUGAAGUGA